AUGACUUUUUCUGCGCUGCAGGAUGCGAUUGUGUCGCAGCGCGACGUGUCCGAGCAGCUAAAAGCACGGAUCGCAUCUCAGAAGGAUAUAAUGGCUGAUACUUCGUUACGCACACUAGCGCUGGCCUCUGUGCCUCCCGCCCCAGCGCUCUCAAUGAAACGGCGGGCGGUGCUAAAGACACAGCGUGCCAAAGUCGCAAGCAUCGCCUGGGCACCGGAUGAUGUGCAUCUUCUUUCAGCUUCUCAGGAUGGGUUUCUUAUCUUGUGGGAUACACAAACGGCACUAAAGGAGCAGGCUGUUGCGUUGCGUAUGGGCUGGGUCCUUACGUGUGCCGUUUCCCCUGCGGGUGACAUUGUAGCCAGCGGUGGCCUUGACAAUGUAUGCACGAUAUUUGACCUGAAGCAAAAGACGAAUGAGGUUAGCGUACCUGUUGCCCACGAACUGCACGGCCACAAUGCCUUUGUCAGUGAUUGUCUCUUCCGGGGCGAGGCAGAGGUCUUGACCAGCUCGGGCGAUGGCACAUGCGCGCUAUGGGAUGUGCAGAGCGAAUGCAUGACGCAGAGCUUUGAAGGCCACAUUGGGGACGUGAUGAGCAUUUCAUUCUCCAAACAAAAUCCCAACUUGUUUGUUUCCGGCGCCUGUGACGACCUUGCGAUGCUCUGGGAUACACGAACGGGCCGAUCAGAACAGACGUUCACCGGGCACUCGCGCGAUGUAAAUGCCGUGUGCUUCUUCCCGGAUGGACAAGCGUUUGCGACCGGCUCUGACGACGCGUCUUGCCGCUUGUACGAUCUGCGCGCACGCCGCGAAUUGGCUGCGUACGGACAGUUAUCGACCACAAGCCCUGUUACGUCGCUUGAUUUUACCCAUUCCGGCCGCGUACUUGUGGUUGCAUACGAUGACAACCGUAUACAUAUGUGGGAUACGCUGCGGGGAGAGCGCGUAGGUACCAUGCAAGGUCACGAGGAAAGAACUUCUGCAAUACGGACAAACGCGCGGGGGGAUAGAAUCGCCAGCGCUGGAUGGGAUGCACGGAUCUUGCUAUGGGGUAUCUAG